AUGAGAAUCGACAUUCAACUGGCCAUUCUUGGCUCCGUGAGCGGAGCCGUCGCCUUCUGGCGUAUGGAAUGCCGCGGCCGUCUUGCCUUGGCCCGCCUUGACCCUUUGAUCAACCCGGGCACUCUGUCGCCCCAUGCUCAUACGAUCCACGGGUCUUCGGGCUUCAGCGAGAGUGUAACAUAUGAAGACCUUGUUAACGCUGACUGCACCUCGUGCGCUGUCAUUCAAGACAAGUCGGUCUACUGGACUCCCAACCUUUACUUCAAACACGCCAAUGGCACAUACCAAGCCGUUGAGCAGGUGGGUGGUAUGCUUGCCUAUUAUUUCCUUGAGCCCGACGCCGGUAAUCGUGGCGCGGGAAUCAAAGCCUUCCCCAAUGAUUUCCGUAUGGUUGCCGGAGACGUCAACCGCAGAAACUACUCAAUUGCUGGGCUCAGCUACUCGCAGCCGGACCCGGAGAAAUCGCUUUGGGCGGCCCUUGGCCAGACCACCCAGGAAGAUCUCAGCCAGCGUGCGAUUGGCUUCAAUUGCCUCAACUAUCAGAAAACUCCCGAGGCAACACUAGAGCGCCACUACUUGCCAGAGAAGGAUUAUCUGGAUGCCCACUGCGCCGACGGAGUUCGUUUCGAGGUCAUGUUUCCUUCCUGCUGGAACGGCAAGGAUAUCAGCAGCUCGAACCACAGAGACCACGUCGCGUACCCCGAUCUCGUCAAUACUGGCACUUGCCCCGAAGGGUUUGAUGUGAAGCUGCCCGGCCUUAUGUACGAGACCAUUUGGGCAACGAACGCCUUUACUGGUGUUCCUGGCGAAUUUGUCAUCUCCAACGGGGAUGUCCAGGGCUUUGGUUACCAUGCCGACUUCAUAAGCGGCUGGGACUCCGACUUCCUUCAAAGCGCAGUUGAGCAAUGCACUAACGACAGUGGGCUGCUUUCUGACUGCCCCAUCUUCACGCUCCAGUCAGAAAGCACGCAAAGGAAGUGCAAGAUGGCGGCACCCAUGAUUUCCAGCGAGAAGAUUGACGGCGUAAUUGGUGCAUCGCUUCCUGGUGGUGUUCAGAUCCACUACGGGCCUGAGCCUGCCAACGCUGACAGCAACACUGGCAGCAACAAUGGGCCUGUAGCGAGCGUUGAGUCGUUGGCCGUUGAGGCUGCCUCGACCACGUCGAGCACUCUUUCUAGUGUCGUGCAACAGGAGGAGCCGACUUCGACUCUCAAUGCCAAUGCCCUUACAGAGCCUUCCCCCGGUUUGUCUGCCGACGAGAUCAAUGCCCUUGCAAAACCAUCUCCUACUCCGUCGACUUCCGAGAUCAAUGCGCUUGCAGAACCCUCUCCUGCUCCGACCUCCACCCUAUCGGACCCGCCCAUUCCCGAAGGAUAUGAGCUUGUUCGCACCGACUACGUCACCAACGGCAACACUGUGAGCAAGAUAGUUGUUGUUGAGACAGUUGAGUACGUUAUGGUGGCUACGGAGACUGUCACUGUGACUGCCACGCUUGGGGCUCAGAAGGCUCGUCGGCAGCUGCAGCACCUUCAUCGGCACGCCCAUCACUAA